GUGUCCACUGACAAUAUGAAUAUGAAGCCCUUUAUCUUCUUGUGUUCUGUUUCUGCAGUGGUUCUCAUCUCUGUAGUGUUGGCUGACAAGCUAUCUGAAGAUGAGAUCAGAGCUGCUCGUGGAAUUCAUGCAAAUUUUGCGGGGUGUGAUCGCAAGCUAGAAAGUUCUGUAAAUGGUGAGAAGUUGAACAUGGAAGCUUAUCAUACAAAUUGCAAAGGAAAUACAGGAGGCGAAGGCGGGUAUGGUGGUGGUGGAUCUGGUGGUGGUAGUUCGGGUGGUGGAGGAAGUGGUGGCGGUGGCGCUGGGGGAGGCGGAGGCAGCAGUGGUGGUGGAAGUGGAGAAGGGGGUUAUGGUGGUGGUGGAUCUGGUGGGGGUGGGGGUUAUGGUGGUGGUAGUUCGGGCGGUGGAGGAAGUAGUGGCGGUGGCGGAGGUAGUGGUGGUGGUGGAAGUGAAGGAGGGGGUCAUGAUGCUGGUGGUAGUGGAGGAGCAAGUGGUGGAAGCGGAGGAAGUGGUGGAAGUGGUGGUGGUGGUGGUGGUUAUGGCGGUGGUGGGAGUGGAGGAAGUGGUGGUGGAAGUGGGGGAGGUGGUAGUGAGGGUGGAGGAAGCGGUGGAAGUGGUGGAGGUAGUAGUGAAGGCGGAGGAAGUGGUGGAGGGAGCUAUGGUGGUGGUGGAAGCGGUGGAAGUGGAGGUGGAAGUGGUGGUGGAAGUGGGGGAAGUGGUGGCGGAAGCGAAGGUGGAAGUGGUGGAGAUAGUGGUGGAAGCGGUGGAAGUGGUGGAAGCGGCGGUGGUAGUGGUGGCGGAAGCGGUGGAGGAAGCAGUGGUGGUGGUGGUGGAAGUGGUGGCGGUAGCGAAGGUAGAAGUGGUGGAGGCAGUUAUGGUGGUGGAGGAAGUGGUGGAAGCGGUGGAAGUGGUGGUAGCGGUGGAGGAAGCAUUGGUGGUGGUGGUGGAAGUGGUGGCGGUAGCGGAGGUGGAAGUGGUGGAGGCAGUUAUGGUGGUGGAGGAAGUGGUGGAAGCGGUGGAAGUGGUGGUGGUGGUGGUGGAAGCGGUGGAAGUGGUGGCGGUAGCGGAGGUGGAAGUGGUGGAGGCAGUUAUGGUGGUGGAGGAAGUGGUGGAAGCGGUGGAAGUGGUGGUGGCGAAAGCGGAGGUGGAAGUGGUGGAGGUGGUUAUGGCAGUGGAGGAAGCGGUGGUGGAGGAAGCAGUGGUGGAAGUUGUGGAGGUGGAAGUGGUGGCGAAGGAGGUGGAAGUGGCGGGGGAGGUUAUGGAGGAAAUGGUAAUCACAAAGUAUCUAGCGGCCAUCAUCGUCACCAUGGGCAUAAAGGAGGUGGUGGAAAAAGCAAAAAGGGAGGAUAUUGACGAUUUUCUAAUGAAGGCCAUGACGUUAAUCAGAAUAAAGGAAAAUAAUGAGGUUGUUAAUGUGGAACCAAAAUCCAAGCUCAAAGCUAUUGUAACUAGUUCAUUUUACCGAAC